UUUCACAAUUCUUUGAUAACACUAAUGACCCUCCUUUAUUUACUUGGUUGCGCUAGGUGCGUUCUUUAUAUCAUCGAAAUAGCAACAAAUGGAGGGGAUAUACUUACUUCUAUUAUGAUAAACAUGACAAAAUUAGUAGUGGCGCCGGCAACGUCGAGACGAGUAGGAGAAUCUCACACGCGAGACAAUGUCACUAGGUCAUCAAACGAAAAGACAAGAGGAUGAAGAAGACAGUGACGUACCACCACCACCAGAUGGUGGAUGGGGAUGGAUGGUAGUAUUUGGCUCAUUUAUGAUUCACAUUAUCACUGAUGGUGUUACUUACUCUUUUGGUGUAUUUUACGACGAAUUUUUAAAUUACUUUGCGGAAGGAAAAGCUGCAACUGCAUGGAUACUUUCCAUCUUGGUGGGCGUAACCUUGUGUUCAGGUCCUAUCUCAAGUUCGUUUGUGAAUCGUUGGGGCUGCCGCCUAGUAACCAUCGCUGGUGCUGUACUUGCUAGUAUAUGCAUGAUCUUGUCAGUCUUUGCCAAAAACGUAACGACUCUGUAUUUUACCAUUGGAAUAGGCACAGGUCUGGGUUUUGGUCUUAUAUAUUUGCCAGCAAUUGUAAGUGUAACAACUUAUUUUGAAAAAAAGAGAUCCUUAGCUACUGGCAUAGCAGUAUGUGGUUCGGGUUUUGGAACAUUUGUCUUUGCCCCCAUUAUCACCAAGUUAUUAUCAGAAUACGGCUGGAGAGGAGCUAUGCUAAUAAUAGCCGGCACUGUCUUAGAAUGUAUUAUAUUCGGAGCAUUAUUUCGACCUUUAGAACAAGAGAAAAAUGCACAACCCGAAAUGAUUGUUAGUCUUAAACAAACCGACGGUAAACUAGAUUUACAUGUAUCUGAAGAUAAUUUACAAUUUUCGACUAAAAUUAAUGGAAACGCUGAAAUAGAUCGUCCCCAUAGUAUGAGUCACUUUUCAGUGCCUAAAGGAAAUAAAUCAACAGAAGACAAUAAAAGUAUACCAAACGGUAAAAACCAUCAAAACUCUAGAAUGGCGUUAAGUCAGCCAACCCUAGUAGCACCACCUGAACGUCCUUACCAGCCACGUUAUGGAAGCCAAAGUUUACGAAAAUACGGUCCAUUAGAUAAACCUGAUGUUUUUUAUCAAGGUAGUUUAAAAAACAUAUCAUCAUAUCGUUCCCGUCUUGAUUUAAAACACAAUGAGGAUUCUACGUUUUUGGGUCGAAGACAUUCUUCCAUAGGUUACAGAAGGCGACAUUUCGAAAGCGAUACGUCAGGAAUACUAUUAUGUGGAAUUAUCCCGUGUUCACAAGAAACUAAAGAUACUUUAAAAGAAAUGUUAGAUGUUUCUCUUUUUAAUGACUGGAUUUUUAUUAUAUUUACCUUAAGCAAUUUUCUUACAAGUGUAGGCUUCAACGUUCCUUACGUUUAUAUAGUUCCGAAAGCAAAAAGUCUGGAUCUUUCUGCAGAAGAAGCAAGUAUGCUUCUAUCGAUCAUCGGCAUAGCCAAUACAGUUGGUCGAAUCAUUCUAGGAUAUAUUUCCGAUAAACCCUGGGUGAAUCGUCUCACUGUUUACAACUGGUGCUUAACACUUUGUGGAGUAGCAACAACAUUGAGUGCUUUCUGUCCUACAUUCUACAGUUUGGCAUUGUACGCGAGUGUUUUUGGGUUUACAAUAGGCGCGUAUGUUGGUCUUACUUCUGUAAUUUUAGUCGAUUUGCUGGGACUUGAAAAACUUACCAAUGCAUUUGGACUUCUGCUUUUAUUUCAAGGUGUAGCUUCACUUAUUGGACCACCAAUUGCAGGUGCUUUAUAUGACAUAACACUAUCGUAUAAUCCUGGAUUCUUUCUGGCGGGGAUCACUAUAUCGCUCAGUGGAGUUAUAUUGUUUCUAAUUCCUUUAAUUUAUCGCCAUCGAGAAAGACAUCGACCGAAAAAUCCUACAAAUAUAUAGCAAUUACUGUUGCCCUCACGUAAUGAGGGAAAUUUUAGAGACUACUGUACCAUUUAAAUCGCCCCAAAACAUUGUCAUAAAAAUAUCAGUUUUGCAGAAACUGUUGUAACUGUAUGGGUAUUAUAUCAUCUGCAAUGCAGAUCGUUAUAUCUGUACGUAUAAAAUGUGAAGAUGUAAGAAAUAAAUUUAUUUAAUUUG